AUGUCGAAGCCGGACGUAUCAGGUGGACGGCAGGCUCCGGCAUUUUCUGUGAAUGCCCGAGAGCUGGCGGACGUGAUGGGAUCGCUAGCCGUGGCGACGGACGUGCGACUGCCGGUGUUCACCGGGAAAGCCGGUGAGAACGUUGCGCAGUGGGUUCGUAGGUUCCGGACGGUUGCGCAGGCGUUGGAGUGGGACGAUGUGAAGCAACUGACGCAAGUCCCUGUGUACUUGACUGGCCACGCGGGUCAGUGGUACAACAACGUGUCGGAGGACGGGAUGAAGCCCUACACGACGUGGAAGGCCUUCAAGGACGCCCUCCUGGCACGCUUCCUCACGGAAGAUUGGAAGUUGCAGUUGAAGCUGAAGAUCAGUCAACGUAAGUUACAAAAGAACGAAUCCGUUGAAGACUAUUAUAACGACAUGGUUGACCUAUGUUACGAAUACGACACCAAAAUGGACGAUUUGGAUGUCCUGCUGAAGCUGCGGAACGGACUUUACCCGGAGAUCGACAAGAUGCUCGUCACCUCCGCAGCCAAGACGCCUCAGGGAUUCUUCGCGGACCUGCAGAAGGCGGCGCAGUCCUUGCGGCGAGAGGAGCAAGCCAACCAGCGACAGCAGGCGGCGGAUCAGCGUGCCAACAACCAUUUCCGUCGAAGUGGCGGUAAGCCAGAAUUUCAUACUAAGUUAACCGCUGCUGAUUCCAACCACAGCGACGCAUCAAAACCGGCACGCACCGGAAACGCAUUGACCACACCACGUAAAGAUAAGUCCUGCUGGAACUGCGGAUCAACGGAUCACUUGCUUCGGGAUUGUCCGAAGCGGGCAAAGGAUGCCAAGGGAGCUGCGCCGAGGGCGGGACUCCGGAUGAUGCGCGGAAGCGCAUUGGACCGUAGGCACGGACGACCAGACACUGGAAGCGGCAGCCACGCUGGCCGCUAUGUCCGGGGCGGAUGCCGGCUGUGCGGCGUAUGGGCAACGGUGCGGGUAUGUGUACCGUAUGAUAGACGGAUACCCGGUUGCGUUGUCAGCAGGUACGUGUCCUGGCUGUAUUGA